UUCCGCCUGGUAGUAGAUAGGUUAUGGUAUUAUUUGGCACCACCUGACACAAGACUACGACUACUACUUUAAGAGGAGUAAUCCUUAUCGUUGGUGUUGGUCGGACUCCGCGGAAAGGCUGCGAGCCGACGACGUCAUCCGCUCCUAGCUUUCUCCGCCUCGACAUUCUUCCCCCUUCGGCUGGGAGUUCUGUUGGAGCCGAUUAAAUGACCAUUACCCACCAACUACACAAUACGACCAGAUAGGUCCGACCACAGUGACUCUGCAGACCCCUGAUCCAGAGCUUAUUUACCCAUUGCUCGACCGUUCCACCUGGUCGGUUCAUGACGCCCGCCCGGUGGCUGUCUGUGCGGCAUUUGCGACCAGCUCUCCGCUUCCCUCCCUCAAUCGUCAAAAUGUCCAUCUCCACCUUUACCAUCCCUCGCGACCUGAACCAGGAUGUCUCGCCCCCGUUACACGUCUCCUGUGCGGCAGAGCUGUCUAGGGAAGACCUGCUGCGAUUCCCGGCCUUCCGGGUCUGGCUGACCACCUUGCAACGCUCCUUGAGUCGCCAGCAACAUCCCUCCCACGAGUUCUCCAAAGAUCCUUACGUCCUGCAUAAGAUUGAUAUCCAGGCGGUGGACUAUUUUGGUGGUGGACGCUUAGGCUUUCUGAAGCUGAAGGCGGACGUGUCAAAUGGUAACGGAGAGACGCUCCCGGGAAGCGUGUUCUUGCGCGGUGGCAGUGUAGGAAUACUGCUCAUACUACAACCGGACGAUGUGCCCCAUUCGGUGGAAGAGGAGAAGCGUGCGGUUCUGACAAUCCAACCCCGUAUCCCUUCAGGCUCUCUGGCCUUUCCCGAAAUCCCAGCUGGCAUGCUCGACGAUAGCGGAUCGUUCGCAGGGGGGGCAGCAAAGGAGAUACAGGAGGAGACAGGCUUAACAAUACCCCAAGAGGAGCUAAUCGACAUGACAUCGCUGGCUCUGCAGUCGGUGGCGGAACCUAAUGACGGCGAGACGCUGCAAAAGGCGAUGUAUCCCUCGGCCGGUGGGAGCGACGAAUUCAUCCCCUUGUUUCUGUGUCAAAAACGAAUGCCGCGCGAGGAGAUCGACAGUCUGCAAGGAAGAUUAACUGGACUACGACUGCACGGAGAGAAGAUUACGUUGAAAGUAGUACCAUUGAAAGCUCUAUGGAAAGAGGGUGUGCGGGAUGGAAAGACCCUUGCAGCGUGGGCGCUGUAUAGAGGACUCAAGGAGGAGGGGAAGCUAUAGAUAUAUCGCAUUCGACAUUCGAUUGGCAGUAGCAGUGAGGCUAUCCGAAGACCAAUUGGGAUCCUGCAUUCAUCGUGCAAGACAAUACUAAAUCCGGGGCU